AUGAUGUCAACCAACCACUCCUUAAUGAUGCCGCCCUGCCUGAGCAUCUGUCCGGUGCUCGCGAAGCUCAACGAUGCCGUUCCAAAAUGUGAUACUUGGGGCGAAAUUCUGCGCGUCAUAGUUGGACAAGGCGAGCAACAGAGCCACUUCUACGUCCACCGCGGCGUCAUCUGCGCAGUUUCGCCUUGCUUCGACGCCGCCUUCAACGGAUACUUCAAGGAAGCCAAGGACAACGUUAUCUAUCUAGACGAGGACGACUCCAGCGUGUUCCGGGACUUCUACAAAUGGCUCUACACCCGCUGCCUGCCCGACUUGACCGACCCCAUCCGUCUCAUCAAGCUCGCCAUCUUCGCCGACGCUCGCAUCGUCGACGCCUUGCGCAUCGCGGCGAUCGACGCGCUGGUCGAAAAUAUAAACCAGUACUGGCGCAUUCCCGUGUGGACGAUCCCCUACGUCUACGAGCACACGCGUCCGAACUCUGGUCUUCGGAAGCUGGUAGUAGACAUGGUGCUUCGGACCCAGGUCUCUAUCGCGGACGCGGGCCCGGGGGUCAACGUGCCAGAGUUUGUUGCAGAUUACAAUGCUGCUCUUCAUGGCUUUUCGAGCGGUGAAAGGAUCGUCUCGCAGGCUAUUUGGCGCAAUACCAACCGCUGCAAGUACCAUGAGCAUGUGCACGACCCGAUCGGAUGGGCGCCGCCGACCAGGAGAGUUGGUUUGUAG